UUACCACACAUUUAUACAGUGUUACUCUUUGAGGCUGUAUGAAUAUUGGAUUAAGUUAUAACUAUGGCUGACGAUGAUGAAACUUCCCUAGAGGAGCAAACAGAAGUUCAAGAGGAGAGUGAAACUGUGGUUACUUCAACCAUUGAGGGCAAACCUUUAGACCCUCCUAAGUAUGAAGUUAGACCUGGACUUGGAGAGAAGUUCCAAUCGCAAGCGGUCCAGGAGAUCAUCCUGAGGGCGAUGGGCGAGCAGCUGGCGGGGCGGCAGUACCGGCCCGACCUGGCGCCCGCGUGGGCCAACAAGAUCUCCAACGCUGUCAGACACUUGGUGCAGGAGUUGAACAUGAAGAGGUACAAAAUCAUAGUGCAAACGACAAUAAUAGAAAUGAAAGGGGCGGGCGUGAAGUGCGCACAGCGGCUGAUCUGGGACCCCGAGACCGACGCCUACAUCGACGACACGUUCAGAAACGACACCCUGCUCUGCCACACCAUCGUCUAUGGGGUGUACAUGUACUGAGUUGUCAAACCACACUUUGUGAGUACUUAUAGCACCUUUUUAAGCGGAUGACAAAUUAUGAGUCAUUGGCAGGGCAGUGGCUUGGGCCUAGCCAAUGAUUUAAUUUAAGAAUGGUUACUGAACCAAUCACAUGACAUUAUGUUUUUGAAUCCAAAGAUUUUUUCACGACCAUGUAGCUGCAUAUUCUCUGAGAUAAAUAAUGACUCGAUUUUAUGUUAAAAUCUUGAAGACUGAUGUGAAUACUGAUGAUAUGAAUUAGAUGAGAAUUAUGGAUGGUAACACGAAAUAGAUACCUUGGUAGCUAAAUCGCAACGUUUCGCUAGUCCUAAUGGUAAACACCUUUAGUAUUUGUAUUUUAUUUAAGUACUUACCUAUGUAAUUAAUUAUGUAUGUCACAUUAUUAUGGAUGACUAUGAAGCACCCAUUACACAUUUAUAAAUAGGUAUAUGUAAAUUGUUGUGUAAUUAAAUUAUAAUGUACGGUACUAUCGGGGAAUAUUGCCUUAUGUCACUUAUGUGCCUUGUCAUACUUUAACAUUGUAUUGAGGUCAGUUUUGUGAGGUUGUAGAGGUAAUGUAUAGAUUAUU